AAACAGUCCUUUCGUCCUGGCCUUACUCCAAGUCGUCUCUCUCUCUCUCUCUCCCUCCGCCGUCGCGUCGCCACCUGCUGCCGCCGAUCUUCGGAGCUCCGAUCUGGUUGUCUGAUAUUGAUAGUGAUCGUUGAAUUGGAGAGAAUGUGGGGAAUCUUGAGGCGAAGCAUCGUCGAUGGAGGCUUUUCUGCUACGUCUCUCAGAAGGGUGCGAUCCGCUUUGGUUUCCUCUAGGAGCUACGCUGCCGCCGCGAAGGAGAUGUCGGUGAGAGAUGCUCUAAAUUCGGCGCUUGAUGAGGAAAUGUCUGCAGAUCCUAAAGUUUUCAUCAUGGGUGAAGAGGUUGGUCAAUACCAAGGUGCAUACAAGAUCACUAAAGGCCUUUUGGAAAAAUAUGGUCCUGAGAGAGUCUGUGAUACCCCUAUCACCGAGGCUGGUUUUGCUGGGAUUGGAGUCGGUGCUGCCUACUAUGGCUUAAAACCUGUAGUAGAAUUUAUGACAUUUAACUUCUCCAUGCAGGCAAUCGAUCAUAUCAUCAAUUCUGCUGCAAAGUCAAAUUACAUGUCUGCUGGGCAGAUAGCUGUACCCAUUGUUUUCAGAGGACCCAAUGGUGCAGCUGCGGGUGUUGGGGCUCAGCAUUCCCAGUGUUAUGCAGCAUGGUAUGCUUCAUGUCCCGGUUUGAAGGUUCUUUCUCCGUAUUCAUCCGAAGAUGCCCGUGGCCUUCUUAAAGCUGCCAUUAGAGACCCCGAUCCUGUCGUCUUCCUUGAAAACGAGUUACUAUAUGGUGAAUCAUUUCCUGUUUCAGAAGAAGCACUUGAUUCAAGUUUCUGUCUUCCCAUUGGCAAAGCCAAGAUUGAACGAGAAGGAAAAGACGUUACAAUAACAGCUUUCUCGAAGAUGGUUGGUCUUGCCCUCAAGGCAGCCGAAAUGCUAUCAAAAGAGGGAAUAAACGCUGAGGUUAUAAAUCUCCGAUCCAUCCGUCCCCUCGACAGAGCCACUGUCAAUGCAUCUGUAAGGAAAACAAAUAGAUUGGUUACUGUCGAAGAAGGGUUUCCUCAACACGGAGUUGGUGCAGAAAUCUGCACAUCGGUUGUUGAGGAGAGUUUCGGGUACUUGGAUGCACCGAUCGAGAGGAUUUCAGGCGCCGAUGUCCCCAUGCCUUACGCUGCAAAUCUGGAGAGAAUGGCAGUUCCUCAGGCUGAGGAUAUCGUUCGAGCGGCGAAGAGAGCUUGUUUUAGAUCCAAAUAAUGUCAUCCAUCCAAAGUCAUCAACACAGAAACACGACGCAGUUUCAAAUCUCUUGGGGGACGGACUCUCUCAUUCAUUCAUCCCCCCUUGUGUGAGCCACUACCCUUCAAGACAACCAUAAAAUCGAAACAGAAAAAAAAUGUUGUCAAUAGGGGGUUCGGGUGGAUUUUGGGUUAUUUGAAUCUAAACUUGAAUGCAUCGGAUUGAAUGUUCCGAAAUUCCAUCUCAUUCCCACCCUCAUACGGCUCGAAUAUUCCGAAAUUCAAGUAUCAUAGAUAUCCAAACCCGAAUUUCUAUUUUUGCAUUCUU